AUGGCCGAUUCAUGGAGCUCCCCUAUCUACCUGAUCGGUGACAUGGUGGCGCCGACGUUACAGACCUGGGUGCCGGAGAAUUCGGCUCAGAACAUUCCGCUCGACGCGCAGGUCGAACUCAAAUUCAGCGAAAUAGUCGAUCUCGGGCUUCUCAACCGGACUGUCUCCCUGCUUGCACUGGGAAGCUACGGCACAGAGGGACCAGCAGAUGAGUUGGUGGCCAGCUUCCCUGCCGCGUCGCCUCGUCUUCGAUUCGACGCAGUCUCGCUGAAAGUCAACCUCGGGGGCCUACUGAAACAUGACGCGAUGUAUUCUCUCGGUCUAGACCCAGACCUGGUGCAGGACAAGGCCGGCAACUCCUUCGAAGGCUUGCCCAUCGGCAUCUAUGCCUUCAGAACUGCUCCGAUCUCCUAUGAUCACUCCGGAAUCCUUUCCUCUUCGCCGGUCGCGGGCGUCGUCACUUUGAUCUCUCUGCUGGUGUCUUGGGAGACGGGUUUUCGAAGGGAGGAGAGUUGGGGGGGAGGGAGUGGGUCGCAACUCUCUGAGUUUUGA